CAUUACCGCCACCCACUAGACUGGAGUAUAACUCCCUUAUAUUUUUGCUUAAAAAAAAUAAAAUACAACAAAUACCAUACCAUCUAACGCUACACUCACAAAAAACAAAUAGCAGCACAAAUAUAUAGCCACUUCCGGUUUUAGAACGCGGGCGGAAGUUUACAGUGCGGCUGGUUCUCGGCCAGUUGUGUUACUCAGCCAAACAACUGACGACGAGGACUAUAUUUAAAAGAUCAACCUACCUACUAGCCUACCAUGUCUGAACAGGGUUCUGGCUGUGGUGUUCCAGCCCAGAGAAGUUCACAGCGGGGUCCAGAGAUGGUCUCAGUGAAGCUGGAGGACUGCAGUCAAACACUGGAACUCAAUGUGAUUAUCAAAGAAGAAGAAGAGGAGACAGAAGUCCAGGAGGAAGUGGAGGAGAGUGGAGUAAAAGAAGAGCAGGAGAGAGCAGUGAAAGAAGAGGAGAACAGGGAUGUGUCUGCUCCAGAUCUAGAGGAAGAGGAGGAAGAAGUAGAUAGUAUCAGUGACCCAGGAGAGAGCUCCAACCCAGGUUCAGACAGUGAGCCCAGUUCCACAGCAUCAGGAAACCAUAAACAACACAGACAGAGGAACUCAAGACAGAAACAUCACCACUGCAUGGACUGCUUCACUAGUUUCUAUGAGCCAGAGGAGUUGAGAAGGCACACUUGUAGGCCCCACCCCUGCUCAGAUUGCAGAGGCAGUUUUGUGUGUCCAACUCACCUCAUACCACACAAAAAUACUAUCAAAAGAAAGAAAACUUACCCAUGUGGUCAAUGUGGGAAGAGUUUUCAGACCCCAAGCAGCUUGAAGAAGCACCAGCUUACUCACACAGGAAAGAAGUCGUACCACUGCUCCCAGUGUAGGAAGACUUUCAGUUGGUCAUUCAAUUUGAAGAGGCAUCAGAGAAUACAUACAGGAGAUAAGCCUUUCCACUGCUUCCAAUGUGGGAAGAGCUUCCGUAUGGAAGGACAUCUAAAGGAACACAUGAGAAUACACACAGGAGACAAGCCGUACCACUGCUCUCAGUGUGGGAAGAGCUUUGGUCGGGCAGGAGCUCUGAAGACACACCAGCUAACUCACACAGGAGAGAAGCCGUACCAUUGCUCUCAGUGUGGGAGGAACUUCAGUCAGGCAGGACACCUGAAGACACACCAGCGAACUCACUCAGGAGAGAAGCCGUACCACUGCUCUGUUUGUGGGAUGAAUUUUCCUCUUUUACAGACCUUAAGUAGACACCAGCUUACUCACACAGGAAAUAUGCAUUACCACUGCUCCCAGUGUGGGAAGAGCUUCAGUCAGCCAGGACGCCUGAGGGCACACCAGUUAACUCACACAGGAGAGAAGCGUUACCACUGCCUUCAAUGUGGUAAAAGUUUCAAUCAUUCAUCAAAUAUGACGGCACACCAGUCAACUCACACAGGAGAGAAGCCUUACCACUGCUCUCAGUGUGGGAAGAGCUUCAGUCUGGCAAGAUACCUGAAGAAACAUUGGCGAACUCACACAGGAGAGAAGCCGUACCACUGCCCUCAAUGUGGGAAGAGUUUCCGUCAGUCAUCACAUCUGAGGGCACACCAGUUAACUCACAAAGGAGAGAAGCCCUGUACCACUUCUCUCAGUGUGCAAAGAUCUUCAGCCAGACAGCAGACCUAAAGAGACACCAGCUAAAUCCAUGUGACACACAUUUCUAGCCCGAUCUACAGGCUCCCGAUCAGAUCCCGGUGCAUUUUUCCAAAUCGGAGUAAACCCGGAGUAAAACCUAGCGCGGCAGCCCGUAAAGUGUUAAUAUGUACCUGAUUCCCAGUUGAUGGCUCUCGCGGGCUCCCAGGCACUCUACAGGCACUUACGGCAUCCCAUUAAUUUUCUAACAUGUUGAAUAUAUUCUGCCUCAAAUCGGCCAUUAUCGCUAAGUGUGAGCAGUGCUCAGAGCAGUUAGGAGACAUGUCCCACCGUCUGCCAAUCAGCUGUUCAGAACUAUAAAGGUUCUCUACCUCACAAGUUCAUAACAAUGGCACCAAAAAGAAAACAAGAUAGGGUGUACUCUGUUUGUUUGGGAACUCGGUAGCUAGCUCAAGCUGGCUAACGUUAGCCACACCUCAUGCUCUUCAAGGACGUUGUGGCUGUGUUAUCUAGUGGGAACACGUUAGGUUGUGUUCUAACUGGUCUCCAGUAGUUGGGCUCUAGCAUGCCGACCAUAACCGUGCUGGUUGGCUAGGCUAAUAGCUAAUGUUAGCUGGCUGAUUCACUUGCUGAUAACUGCAUACAGCCAACAUUUUCUGAGAAUUGGUUAGAUGGUAGGGCUGGGCAGUAUACCGUAUUUUACUAUAUACCGAUAUUGAUGAAAGGACCGGUUUGGGUUUUUACAUUACCUUCU